AUCUAUGUUUACUGUUUAUACCGUUAAAAUUAGAUGUGGGUUGUGCACCUCAAAAGACAAUAUUCAUAUAAAAACAGCAAAACUCAUUUGUGAAGCAUCUGAUGUACCAAGUAUUACAUUAAUGCUGCUGUUUAGUUUUGUGCAACACGUUGGAUUGUGUUGGUAUAUCUUUUAAACAGACACUGGUGGGGGUUAGUUCCUGUUAUGCCCCCGCCACCCCCCCACCCGCACAUGCACCUUGACACAUUUCAUUUCGCUGUGAAUGUGGUGAGUAUCUGCACCCGGUGGCUUUUGCCUUCUUUCCGCCUCCUUUAUUAAGCCCUACUGAUCUGUUUCCUCAUCAUUUUUUUUAAACAGCCACAACAACUUCGGGUCAUGCAUUCAAAGUGUUUGUACUGUUGUGAAAGAACGUAAAGUCAGCAUGACUGUAGACUUAGAGUAAAUAAAAAAUAUAUCUAUCACACUGCACUGACAGACAAUGGAUAAUGUAUGCCAGUGACACACAGGUACUGACCCUCAAAAUACUUGAUAAGCACAUUUACAUUUAUAUGUACAAACCUAAUAGAGACUUAAGUGACCAGUUUUUAGUCCGCUAAAAAUGUUCUACUUCCUUUUUUUAUUCAUUCAGCACAGUUAAGUAACAGGAAACACACCCAAGAAUUUCACACCAACAUUUUCAAGAUGUGAGAUAUGUUGCUGAAGCACAACCGAGCAAACCGUUGCCUCUUCUGGAUCUUGUAGCAUCUUGUCAUGGCACCCCGGCUCUCACAGUGAGUGUCCAUUUCGUUCUAGAGCAGCAGUAAAUGUGUCACAGUGAUCCAACAAUAGCGACGUUAUUUCCCUUGUUUUGUUUGGCGUAAAUGCCAGUGUGCGGUGUCUGUGUCAUGUCUGUUAACUUGGGAAUGCCGUCCUUGGAGAUGAAACUGCAGCCGUUGUUUGGGCUGAGCCUCAUCCUGAUCCUGGCCUCCAACACAAAUGGUCAAACCUGGAGUGUUAGUAUCAGCAGUGAUGUGACUAGCACACAGACAUCUGACGUGAUCAUACGAUGCAACUUUACCUAUCCACCUAAACAACAAGGAGGAAAUCUUGAAGUGUACUGGAAACUCUUUCAGAGAAGUACAUUUGAUACCAAGGACAACGACCAGAAUGCGUUUCUCUUUCACCCAAAUGAGACCUUUGUCAUUGAAAAGUACAGAGGAAAGACUAAGCUCAUUGGUCUUAAGAGCAAGGGAGACUGCUCUCUCAAGAUCCAGAGAAUUGAUGGUCUUGGGGAGCCUACCUAUCUGAGGGUCACUACUGGAUUUGACAAGUACAGUUUCGUAAAACAGCCUUUCAAUUUUAAUAUGUCUGGGUCAGGUGUUACCCCAGUCACCAUACACCCAGAUAUUAUGGUAACCGCUGUCUCACCCGAAGUCACAGAAAUGAGCCAGCAGAUACGAACGACGAUAUACGUUGCCACCUCUGUUCCGAUCGGUGCAGUCCUCAUCAUCCUCAUUGUAGUCGGAGUUGUUUGGUGCAGAAAGAAGAAAAGGUCCCAGUCUGUUACCCGGGAGGAAUCUGGAUAUUAUGCAAAUUUUAGCAGAGCAUCAAGCCAAACCAACAGAGGAAAGUCUAUCAAGAAACAAGACCCCAAUCAAGUUUCUCAACCAAAGGUCAUUGAUGAGCCGCUUUAUAUCAAUGUUCAGUCCCCUCCCGAUCAGCUGGGCAGUGUGGAUCAAGCAGACAAUGUAUAUGCAAAUGUGGAUUAUUCAAAAGGAAAUGCAUUUUGAAUUCUGAUGACGCUUGAACUUCAUGUUGAAAUACCAUCUUUACAUCUUGUGCAUUGUUUCUGUUAACACUGUAGCAGCAUGCACGAGUUUCACAAUUCUUGUGUCAGGAGGCACAAAAGAUAAGGAGUUUCCUCUCUGUCUUCGAAUUAUUUUAUCACUGAUUUUACAUAUAAGAGUACAAAGCCACUCAGAUGUGGCAUCAAUUAAAGUAACAGUUCACCCCAAAUUCAAAUAAAAGACAUUUUCUGCUUACCUUUAGUGACCAUCCAGGUAGUUUCUGUGUGAUUUGGUGAGGUUUCCAGCCUGCAGCAGUUCUCCCUGUCACCCUUCACCCCAAUACAAGUUCAAAUCGCCAAUAAUUUUUAAGUGAGAAACUGAAUAGCAACAGCUCCUUCUAAAAAACAGUAAAAUGGAUUCUCAACAUAAUCCACAGCCCUUGGGGGAAAAAACGUUUCUGACUGUGGAGACAGGACAGGUAACAGGAGACUGGAAACCCCCCCAAAUCGCACAGGAACUAGCUGGGUGGAUGGACUGCCCCAGAGGAUGGUGUCUUUCGGGCAAACUGUUUUUUUGAGUACUUUCUUUGUCACUGAAUUGGUGAGAAGUCAACUGGGAAAAGAAGCAAUGGAUGUGCAAAAUAUCCCUAUAAGAGCUUUAAAGAUUUUCUUUAAAAAGACUAUAUUGUGUUCUGUUUAAUAUACUUUUCUACUCUGUGUGUUUGUAAUGUGAAUUUAUCCAUUGCUUGUAUUGUGCAGUAAUAUGAGUGCAAUUUCAUAUGGGCAGCCCAAGUGAGGAUCCAGAAAUGGAGAAUCCCCUCUCUUUAUUCAUUGUCGGGCUGCAGGGUUAGUUUUAGGAUGGGGUAAUAUUUAAAGUAGGGUCAGGUUAGGGUGACUCCAUGGUA